CGUCCACGCUUCCCGUUUCAUGCUCCUCUCUUUUCGUAAUCACGGUGAUAUGUCCAUCUUCCAAGCACGAGCAAGGCAGAUCAAUAUACAUCGCCAAUAUCCGCAAGACAUCCCAGUUGUCAGAAGAGAUUUAUAUUCCCUGUCAUCUUUGGAGCGGGUCGAUCAUUUUCUCUCCCGAUUGCGCUUUUCACUUGCGUUCGAGGCGGACAAAGCUCUUGCAGGUGCCGUUUUGGAUCCCGAAGAGCUACUCGGGUUGAGUCAUGCCAUAGAGGAGUUGCAGGGCGACCAUCCGGCGGACGCUGACGCCAUCUUUCGCCGAUUCACCUCCAGCGUCCAUAUCCCUUCUUUAGCGACAUGGGAACCCAACAACAUCCCAAUCGAGAACCGCAACAAGAAACGACGACGACGGAGACGUGGAAAGAAGCAGCCACAGGACGCUUCUGCCCCCAGUAAUACUCUGGCAGACCUCCUGAGGGACGUCACCGCGGAGUUUCUUGCUGAUCUCCAGGUUCCACGAAAACGCUUUGCCAUACCACCAUCUGAAACCGUAUUCGACGCUUACACCUUGAUUUUGACUCCGACGUCUAAGAUCUUGGAAGGCCCAUUACCCGACCAAUCCAAUAGCGUCCUGCGUCGAUUCGGACAUCACGACUGUUUUAUUCGCGUCUCCUUCCAGGACGAAAAUCAUACCCCCCUUCGACGUGACCCAUCAGGGACGAGUAUCCAGGAACUUCUCCGAACGAGAUAUAAAUCUGCCAUGGUCAAAGGUAUUCCACUGGCCGGUAGACAUUUCGAGUUCCUUGGGUACUCGAUGAGUGGGUUAAGAGAGCACAGCAUCAUCUUCAUGCAAGCUUUCGAGAGUGAUGACGGGUCGUUGAUGACUGCGGACCGUAUUCGGAGUCUUUUGGGUAAUUUCUCUCAUAUAUCGAAUAAACCCGCCCUUCUAGCCGCACGAUGGGCUCAGGCUUUCUCCGCCUCAGACCCCUCAGUCACGCUCCAAUCUGCCGAAAUACAGAGGAUCGGAGACAAGCGCUCGCCGUCGGGAUCGCUCUUCACGGAUGGUUGUGGCACCAUUUCUGAAUCACUCGCCCGCGAUGUUUGGAAGUUCCUGCAGCGCCACAGACGGCGAGCCGCUAGUAUGCGCUUGGUCCCGUCCUGUUUCCAAAUUAGAAUUGGUGGGGCCAAAGGCAUUCUAUUUCAGGAUCCUAACUUGAUCGGAAAGAUGGUUUGCCUGCGACCCUCUCAAACGAAAUUCGAGAACGACUCGGAGGCUCUUACCCUGGACAUUGCGUCCACAUCAUCACGACCGAUCCGUAUGUUCCUCAAUCGGUCUCUCAUACUACUCCUCGAAUUCCUGGGCGUAAAGCCCGAUGUGUUCAUGGCAUUGCAGAAGGACGCAACCGAUGCUGUAGAACGCGCUCGUCAUUCCUUCCUCGAGGCUGCGAAGUUGUUUUCUCACCACGGAUUUGGAUCAUCAUUCCGGAUCGCAUCCUUGUUCAACAAUCUCGUCACUCAGCUGAAACUAGACGAGGGCGACCUCCAAGGGCUCGAGUGUCAGAUUCUCACCAAGAGCAUCGAAUAUGCUGCUACGCACGUCCUGCGCGAGAUCAAGUUCAGGGCGCGAAUUCCCGUGCAUGGUUCUUGGACACUUUUAGGAGUGUCUGACGAAUGGGGUUGUCUCCGCGAAGGAGAAAUCUUCGCAACAGUACGAGACGAGCACAGCGGUACUUCUGUGGAAAUACAGGGUCCAAUGCUCAUCACUCGCAGUCCACAAAUUCAUCCCGGUGAUGUUCAAAUGGUCACCGCCGUGAGACGACCUGAGCUUGCACAUCUUACCAAUGUGGUGGUGUUCUCGUGCGAGGGAGAGCGUAGCUUACCGUCUAUGCUCGGUGGUGGAGAUCUCGACGGUGACAUAUACAAUCUGAUUCUGGACCCGGACCUUUUCCCCACUCACACUUGCGAAGCAGGAGGCUACGUAGGGCUUCCCCACAAGGUCUUAGACCGCGAUUGCACCAUAGAUGAUGUUGCGGACUUUGUCAUCAACUACAUUGAGGCGGACCUCGUCGGCUACAUAGCGAUUCUUCACCUACGCAUAGCCGACCUGAGUCCGGAAGGUCCAAAUAGCAAGGACUGCCUCCUGCUCGCCGAGAAGGCAUCCCAUGCAGUUGACUUUCCGAAAACUGGAACGCCUACUAACUUCGAUGACUUGCCUCGUGCUCCCAGGGGUCCGAAACCCGACUUCCUUGGUUCAGAGACCGUCGACCCCUCCAGUUCAUCAUUUUAUCCUAGCAAUAAGGUCCUUGGACGGCUCUUCCGUAAUGUGCCGCUGGAGAUUGUCGACGCUGAUCACGAGGGCUCUGUCUUCGGAUCCACGAUAAUAGAUGCUUUAGAUCGGGCCGCUCGUCUAGGACAUGUCAGACUUGGGUUGCCUGUCAUCCAUGGCCAUUCCGACGAUCUAGUGGAAGAGAUGGAGUUGAUGAUGGACGCUUACUCGGAGCAACUAAUGGAAAUAGCCAAAGCCCAUACGCAGUCCAGAGCACCGAAUGCCUUCUUGACGGAACCCGAGCUAGUCAGUGGGACAAUCCAGGGGAAGUGGAGCAAUCCUCGCAAGCGUAGAGAAGCUGUUAAUUCCAUGGAACUCCAGACCCACGAAUUGACUAAGUCUAUUCGUCAAGAAUUGCGCAGAGCACUCAUCGUUGAUGAGCCCGACGAUGAAAUGGAGGGUACCGAGGCCGUCGGAGAGCAGGACGACCAGGACGAUGACGAGGAAGAUGAGGACAUCCUCUCGGAUCGAGACUUGGAGUCGUAUCGUCGGGCCGCCGCAGCUUGGCAGGCCGCCAAUGACGCUCUGGAGGAGGAUGCAGAGGCAUUUGGACCUUCAAGCUUCGGUCUCAUUGCGUUGGGUGUUAUGCUCGAAAUAAUGAAGAAAGCCCGGUACCUUUUGCAGUAAUUUGCCAUACAUGUCAUCGAUCCUCCCGAAAUGUCAAGACCAGUCUCCGCUUCAAU